UCAGUCACGUGUUACGCUUCGGUCCGGUUAAAGCGCCGCUCAGGAAUACGAACGCCGAGACGAGGCGUUCACCAACCCACUGUGAAUUAUUUUCAAUUUUCAUGAUUUUUACUCUCACGUUGGGACAUUCGGAUUAAGGAAGAACAGAAUUUAAAAAAGAGAGCAUCUUUUGGCGUCGCCAUAUAUCACGCUGGAGGAUUUCUAGUCACGUUAUUGCCCGCUCGUCUUGAGAUCCCUCACUUUGGGAAUGGGAAAUGAUGGAGGAUAAAGCGCCCCGUGUCGCCGACUACUUCGUGGUUGCAGGCCUCACUGACUCGUCCAAGCUUUUGGAGGAGGACCUGCACUUUGAUGAUACCACUCCAAAAUCUGUCAAACCCAAAGCGCCCAUCACAGAUGUAGCCGUAGUGAUCCGCUCCCUGGGCGAAGAGGUACCCCCUGGCUUCACCUGUGUCGAAAGCACCCCUUCAGGCCUGUCUGCGGAGCUCAAUGGAGCCAGCCUCAGGGGGCCGCAGAUUUUCCUGUGCUUCAAGCGAGGCAGAGAUAAGCCUCCGCUGACAGAUCUUGGGGUUUUGUAUGAGUGGAAAGAAAAGCUGAAGCCUGGAUGUCACAUCGUCCAGACCACACCCUCAGGUCGCCCCGCCAACAUCAGCAGCUCGUCAUCUCAACGCAUCUACAUCACGUACCGCCGCGCUCCUAAGAGCCAGCCCCACACUUCGCUGGCCGUCACUGAUGUCUGCAUCAUCGUGCCCGGCAAGGGGGAGACGCCUCCUCACACCUUCUGCAAGGUGGACAAGAACCUCAACAGCAGCAUGUGGGGAUCAUCUGUCUACUUGUGUUAUAAGAAGUCUCUGGCAAAAGCAAACACUAUUGCAUGCAAAGCAGGUCUGCUGUGCAGGUACCCUGAAGAGGACGAUGAGUCCUUUCCAUUGCCUGAGUCUGUGCCUAUGUUCUGUCUGCCCAUGGGGGCAACAAUUGAGUGCUGGCCUGUGCACACCAAACACGCCCUUCCCGUUUUUUCCACAUUUGUCCUAACGGGAUCUUCAGGAGAAAAGGUGUACGGAGCAGCAAUCCAGUUCUAUGAGCCUUACUCAGAGGAGAACCUGUCGGAGCGUCAGCUGUCACAGCUCGGUCUGCUCAGCUCUGAUCUCGGACCCGGCGGGACCAGGAGUGUUUACAGCAACAAGAGCAUCUGCCUCCUAUCCCACUGGCCCUUCUUCCAGUCCUUCAGGAGCUUCCUCACCUUCCUCUAUCGAUACUCCAUUUCUGGACCACACGCGCUGCCUAUUGAAAAGCACAUCGCUCACUUCAUGCAAAAUGUGCCAUUCCCCUCCACCCAGAGGCCACGCAUCCUUGUGCAGCUCUCGCCACAUGACAGCCUGAUACUGAGCCAACCCGUGUCCUCUCCACUGCCUCUCAGUGGUGGAAGCCUCUCCACAUUACUACUGAAUCUGGGCCCGAAAAAUGCUGCCACGCUGCUGGUGUUGGCUGUCACAGAGCACAAGAUCCUGGUUCACUCCCUUCGGCCUGCCGUACUAACCAGUGUUACAGAGGCACUUGUGUCUAUGAUAUUUCCUUUCCAUUGGCCAUGCCCGUACAUUCCUCUGUGCCCACUAGCCCUGGCGGGGGUACUCAGUGCCCCAUGUCCUUUUAUUGUGGGUGUGGAUUCCCGAUACUUUGACCUGUACGUGCCCCCGAAUGACAUCAGUUGUGUCGAUUUGGAUACCAACACCAUUUCCCAGAAAGAAGACAAGAAGGCUUUAACGUGGAAAAUAUUGCCCGGGAGAGCCUGCAAACAUCUUUUGAAUUCCCUGAAUAAACUCCAUCAGCAGCUCACAGAGGGUGGUUACUUAAGCCACGAAGAUGUGCAGAUGGAGCAUGCGGUAACUGACAGCGAGCUCAACGGUGGGAAGAGUCUCCAAACUCUGGAGCUGGAGAUCCAGGAAGCCUUCCUGCGCUUUAUGGCGGCCAUCCUCAGAGGUUAUCGCUCGUACUUGCAGCCCAUAACCCAGGCCCCCUCUGAGAAGACCACUGAUGUCAGCUCCCUUUUUGACAUUCAAGGUUUCUUGAAAAGCAGAGACCGCUCCCAUCAGAGGUUCUACUCACUCAUGACCAAGACUCAAAUGUUCAGCCGCUUCAUUGAGGAAUGCUCCUUUGUCAGUGACAAAGAUGCAAGUCUGGCUUUCUUCGACGAGUGCGCUGAUAAGCAGAUGGACGGUGAAAAGCCAGAUGACGCCAGACUGAUCGAACUGGACGAAUCCCAUCACAGUGAGCACACUGUUUACAUCAACCCUCCAGAGCUGCCUCUGCUACCAGAAGGAGAAGAGCAUCCUCUGUGCUACAGCUACUCCAGGUUUCCAGUGCUAAAUUCUGAACUUCUAGAACCACUUGAGGGACCAAAUCCUCCAUCAGCAGGCACAGUUUCACACCACUGCAGCCCCGCCAGCCCGACAGCCAUCUUUAGACGCUCCAAACAGGAGAUCAAAUCUGCUCAAAGGAUGGCGCGAACCUAUUCGUCUAUGCCUCAGAUGUGGUCCAAGUGUCUUCUGCGUCACUGCUACGGCCUCUGGUUCAUCUGCCUGCCUGGUUUCGUCGAUACGUGUCCCUCUAAAGUGCGGGCGCUGCGCACAGCUUAUGAUGUGCUGAGGAGGAUGCAAGACAAGAAGCUGCAGGCCCCCGAUGAGGUGUGUUAUCGUGUAUUGCUGCAACUGUGUGGUCAGUACAGCCAGCCAGUCCUGGCAGUGAAGGUACUUUUUGAGAUGAAGAAGGCUGGAAUUCAACCCAACGCCAUCACCUAUGGCUACUACAACAAGGCGGUGUUGGAGAGCACGUGGCCGUCCACCACCAGAGGCGGCUUCUUUUUGUGGGGGAAGCUGAGAAAUGUUGUCCUGGGUGUUGGCCAAUUCAAGCAAGCAGGGAAGAAACAAACACUGCCACACAGAGAAAUUCCACUUUCAGACGGUAGUGAUCUUGACACAGUCAGUCAUGGCAGUUUGGACAGCGUUAAUGACUCUGCCGAACGCACCUCCAUCGAUACCGACUUCAAUAAAAUGGACUCCAGUGAUGAUGGAUUUAGCACAGGUGGCCAGUCAGACCAAGGCUACGAUUCCUUGUCUAAGGAGGAGAUGAGCUGCAGAGAGGGGGAAAACAUUCCACUGGUUAAGGACAAAGGAACAAAGCUGCACAGCAAUGGUGACAACCCGGAUUCCAGUCCGUCAUUCAGUGACACCAUGCUGUGUGGACCUUUGACCCAAACAGAACGGCCAAAGUCUCUGGACUUGGGUGCUCCGAAGCUCACCGUCCCUCAGCUCAGCUCCAACAAGCGGCACCGCCUUGCUGCUGACAAACUGAGCGAGUUGGAAGAGAAAACAGAGCCUCAUGGAGAACAGAACCCGAACAGAAGAAGCAUGAGCUGCAGCGGUGGGACAGUGGGUCGAUCUGAUAUUGAGGCAGGGUUCGAUCCGCUGUCACUCAUGGCCACGGCGCAAGAACGCUGCCGAGGCGGCGGAAGCACGCCUACUGCCCGUCGUGAGCUGGCCGAGGAGAUUGAGAUGUACAUGAACAUUAGCAACAGCCCGCCGAGGAGGUGCAAGCCAAACGCGAACGCGCAGAACCAAUCGAGCCCCUCCUCACAGGCCACCCGACCCCACACGCUGCUCCGCUCCAACACCCAACUCCCGUUACCUGUCAAAUCAAGACAGCGGCUCAGGACGUCGCCGUCUCUCCCUCUCGGUGUUUGUAACAAAGGCAGGGACAGGCCUUCCUCCUUAGUGUUACCCUCAUCCCCCACUGCCUCGGCCUCUUCCUUCUCCAUGGAUUCCCUCUUCACACCCAGCCUGGACAGCUUCAAGAGCAGCGUUCUCUUAGCGGGAAAGGGCGUCGCUGAGAAGGCCAGCCGCCUCUACUCGCGCCUGUCCUCUCAAACCACAUUAACAGAGCAGGACUCAAACUGCGAUCGAAUCAGCGUGUCCUCGCUCACCUCGGGCGAUGCGGACUGCUCCUCGCUUGUGGAUAUUGACUCCUGUCUCGACGCAGAUGGGUUCGUGUCCCCGCAGCAUGGUGGUACGGCCCGACUCAGGAGGAGUCCCGUAGCGGGCCACACCCACCUGAGCAGUCCCAGCUCCCCUGACAGGGUCUUCCGGCACAACUCUUUCUCUGGUGGUUUGACAGUUCCUUCUAGAAGUCCUCACACUCCAGAUUCCUCCCCUGACAUAAACCGCUUCAAGCCUUCUCCGAUUUAUACCAUAGAGGUUAUGAUGUCCAGCUGCUCCCUUUGCAAGACGUGUGACUCUCUGGUGUACGACGAGGAGAUCAUGGCCGGCUGGACGGCCAACGACUCAAACCUCAACAGCACGUGCCCCUUCUGCGGCUCAGCCUUCCUGCCAUUCCUCAAUGUGGAGGUCAAAGAUCUGAGGCCUCCCAGCAGAUCUCCCCAGGAGUCUAUUCCUGUUACCAAGGAGGACACAUCUGUGUCACUCAACCCCGAAGCCAAAUUAUCUGAGGCAGACUACACUACCCCAAGGAAUGCUGGGAUGUCUGCACCAGUGACAGUGCCGUACCUGAGCCCUCUGGUUCUUUGGAAGGAACUGGAGAGCCUGCUGGUGAACGAAGGCGACCAGGCCAUUUAUUCCCCAGGGGUUGUCGACCAGCACCCAAUUGUCUUCUGGAACCUUGUGUGGUUCUUUAGGAGGCUGGAGCUGCCUAGUAAUCUGCCAGCUCUUAUCCUGGCCUCCCAACACUGUCCCCGUGGCGAUCAGACUCGUUCUGGUGUUUCCUCUGAGGACAGCAAGCAAGUUCUGGUGAGGAUUAUGUGGGAUAACCUCAAGUUGCACCAAGACAAAGUCCACCCUUGUUAUGUCCUCUGGAACACACAUUGCGCCAACUUACUGGUUCGCUCGGGGCUGUGCGAGGAGGGCCAGCUCUUCACUGUGGAGCUCCUUCAGAGUUUGGUGAGGAGCAUCAAGAAGAGUGACAUCUAUCAGCCCAUGAGCCAAAUCAUCCAGGUGCUGGGGCCUGAGCUGGGUUUUAAAAGACAAAGGAGCUUAUACAGAGAUUUAUUAUUCCUCACUCUGGUGUCUUUGGGGAAGAACAACAUCAAUAUCAAUGCAUUUGACCGGGAGUACAAGUUGGCCUACGACCGCCUCACCCCGAGUCAGGUCAAACUGACACACAACUGCGACCGCCCCCCUGGAGCUGGGGUCAUGGAGUGCAGGAAGACUUUUGGGGAGCCCAGUCUGUGAACCAGAUGUCACACACACACGGGAAAAAACACACACAGAAGCAGUUAUUGCUUUGCCUGUGUGUGUGUGUGUGUGUGUGUGUGUUUGGACUUCAGACUCAGGACCAACUCACCUGAACUCUUCUUAAGCACAAUGGGAAUAUGACUCUUAUGUAAAAGCAACUGCCAUGAUGACAUCCCUUCACUGUUCAGCGCUGGGACGUGCGGAGCAGUGAGUCUCGAGUAAAUAUUGAGGAAAUUCCACUGUAUUUUCACUAUAUCUACCCGUUUGUACAGUCAUUAUACACUUUUUUAUGACUUUGUGUUUUAAAAGUAUGUCAAAGAACAUGGACUGUAUUCUCACAUUGACUUCGCGGUCCUGGUGGCCUGUGUUGAGACUGUUGUUGAGUGUCAAGAGCAAACUGCUUUCAGACAGUCGUCUUUUUUUAAGCACUUUGACAAGGUGAGUUCUGCAUUGGCCCAGCAGCCCAAAGAUUUGAUGGUUUUUGACUGGGCCACGAAACAAAAUGUAAUGUUUUUCCGCCUAACACAUACAGCUUUACCAAAAGCAAAUACAUUCCUCCUCACCGAGGACACACUUUAAUACCUUACGACACUAAACUACAUUGUAAUGGUGGUGAUAAAAAAAAAAUAAACUUUCUAAAUAAAGGGAGCACUAAAUUCAUUUAUAUGCACAAUGUUUAUUCGUGAUUAUUUCUUUUCUAUAAUGUACCAAAAGAACCCACAAGGGAAAUUCUAAUAUGAUUUAUUUACAAUUUUUAAAGCAAUACCUUUUUUAAAGUGAGAUUUGUUGUAUAAGGUUGUGUUGUAUGGGACCACCAAGGAAACAUUCCCUUAGUACAGUACAAUCAAAGUAUGUGAUAACAGAAAAAAUUGAAUAUUUCAGUUGGAUUAAUCACAACUUUUAUUUGUCGAUAUUGUCACAAUAAAUAGAGGGAAAAGAAUGUACAGAAUUUGAUGUAUUUUGUCGAUUUCAUUUCAUAAUAAAAAUGAAGUGAUUCAUUUAAAAAGUGAAGGUAUGACAGGUUUUCUUGCACAAAGUAGAUUUUCCUGUGCAAGGUUUUAGGUUUGAAACAACAGCUGUGCCCUGCCCUGACACCACAUCACUUCCUAGAGUCACGGUGUCCUGAUAGAAGCUGACAAACAAACUUCUUUUUGUACCGUGAUGCCCUUUCGCUCACAUUGAUGCUCUGUCCUUGCUUUGAAUCAGUCUUGUUUAGCCUUGUGAAUUAGCCUUCUCAAUAAAACUCACCACUUGAUGUCUACAUCUUGUGUCAAGGCCACUGUAUGUUUGUUAUUCACCAUUUGUAAGAUGGACACUAAUUUAUAUGAAACAACGUACAAAGGAAGUGAAA